ACAGACUUUGGAUUGUCAGUACAGUAUGAUUGGGAUCAAUAUUUGUUGGUGAAUAUACCAGUUAGCUUUAUGGGAAGAAUGUGUGGCAUGUGUGGGAACUUCAAUGGAAUGAAGGGCGAUGACCUCACCACUCCUACUGGCAGUGUAGCAAGCAGUAUUCCACAAUUGGGAAAGAGCUGGAGAGUACUAGGUGUUGUGGGUUGUACAGAUGAUUGUGUGGGCCAAUGUGAGAGCUGUCAGGGAGAAUCUUGGUUUGAACGUCUAGAAGCCAAGGCCUUCUGUCACUUGGCCACCCUUCUAACUGAUGGUCCAUUACGCGAUUGCAACUCUCUCAUUGACCCCAAGGUUUUCUAUGAAAAUUGUCUUCUGGACUACUGCAUGGGAAAAGGAUUUAAGAAUUUCCUAUGUAAAACUGCAGAAAUUUAUACAGAUGCUUGUCAGCGAGCUGGCAUUCAUGUGCAUGACUGGAGACACAUCAUUGGCUGUCCUACCCCUAAAUGCCCGGCAAACAGUCACUUUGAGUCCUGUGCCUGUCCUGCUACCUGUGAGAAUCCCACUCCUUCUGCUGAAUGUAAAGCAAACUGUGUAGAGGCUUGCACUUGUGAUGAUGGAUACUUGUGGAGUGGAAACAAGUGUGUCCCUAAGAGUCAGUGUGGCUGUGUGUAUAAAAGUGGAGGUGAGGAACGUUACUUACAGGCUGGACAAUCCAUCUGGGCUGAUAACAGUUGCAGCAAAAACUGUACCUGCAACCCGACAAAUGGUGAAAUUAUGUGUGAAAAUGCGAAUUGCCCAGUUGGAACAGCAUGCAAUAUUAGUAAUGGGAUCAGAGCCUGCCAACCACUCUCUCAUGCCAUCUGUAAUAUCUAUGGAGAUCCUCAUUACAACACAUUUGACAACAGCACCUACGACUUCCAGGGCACUUGUACUUACACUGCUGCUCAGGGCUGCCACCUGGAGGGAACACAACUCACUCCGUUUGCAGUUAUAGUAGAGAAUGAGAAAUGGAAUGAAAUUCAAUCAAGUCCAAAUGUCUCUAUGGCCAAGGUGGUCGCAGUGGAGGUGUAUGGCAUGAUAUUAGUGCUGAGAAGAAAUCAGCUCCAUCAGAUAAUGGUUAAUGGUGUCUUAACUAAUAUCCCUGUAAAUCUCAAUGAAGGAGAAGUGAUAGUCCAGCAGGAGGGCUACAACAAUGUAAUCAGUACAAACUUUGGUCUAAGAGUAGCCUAUGAUAUGAUUUACCACGUUACUGUCACAGUCCCCAGCACCUACCUUGGAAAGACCUGUGGCAUGUGUGGAAACUAUAAUGGUAAUAAGAAUGAUGACUUCCUGCUGCCAGAUGGGAAAGAAACCAAAGAACUGAAAACAUUUGGAGCGGCUUGGAAAGUGGCUGUGCCUGGUGUUGUGUGUGAUGAUGGCUGCAGUGGUGAUUUCUGUCCAAAGUGCUCUGAAGAUAAGAAACUUAUAUUUGAAAAGGACUGUAGUAUUAUUACCAACCCUGAUGGUCCAUUUUCUGCCUGUCACAGUGUAAUUAACCCUGAUUCCUACUUCCAAGAUUGUGUUUAUGAUGUGUGCACAACUGAAGGAGAUCAACAUAUGCUGUGUCAUAGUAUCGCUGCGUACAUGACUGCCUGUCAUGACUUUGAAGUUCAUGUUAACAACUGGAGAACACCAACAUUUUGCCCUCUGAAAUGCCCUGAAAACAGUGCCUAUGAAAUCUGUGCAACGGCAUGCGACACACCUUGUCCUGGCCUCACUGACGUCAUCAAAUGUAAUAUUCAGACCUGUGUCGAAGGCUGUAGGUGUAAACCUGGAUUCUUCAAUAAUGGGACGGGUUGUGUUAAAGAGGAUCAGUGUAGCUGUUAUGAGAAUGGAAAAACCUUCAAGAUUGGAGAGGUUGUUGUCACAGACGAUUGUCAGGAAAAACUGAUCUGUCAAAAAUCUGGUAUAGUGAAACAAGAAAGCAUGAAAUGUAACUCUGAUGAAGUAUGCCAGGCAGAGAGUGGUGUUCGUGGAUGCUACCCAAAACAGUGCAUGUUGGAGGCUGCAGGCUCCUUCACUCUUUUCAAUGGAACAACUUGGAACAUCCCAUCUAUGGGAGCUUUUGAAUUAGUGAAAGUAUGUGACGAUACUGUUAUAGGUAUUUGGUUCCGUGUGGUGGCAGUGUUGCAAGAGAAAACUGGGGUCCUCUCUACUUCAGCUGUUCACAUCUUCUUUGAAAAUGCUAUUGUCACAGUUACCAACCAAAAUGAUAUUUGGUUCAAUGGUAGAAAGAUGACUCUGCCUACUAUGGAAGACAAUAAUGUAAUUGUUAAGGUGAUUGAUCAGACAGUGAUCGUUGAGAAGACAUCUGCCCUUAGACUGUCCUACAGUCUAUCACAGGAGGUCAUAAUCACAGUGAACAAAGGAAUUGCUGAUCAAGUUUGUGGUGCGUGUGGAAAAUUAACCGGCUCUAUUUCUGGUGAAAGCAUAAUGUUCUACAUGGAUCAGUACAGAGCUCCUGAUUUUCCCACUUGCACCUUGUGAUGGGUAAAGAACUACUUUUUAAUUCUGGAGGCUGAGCAUCAACCAAGCAAAACUGUUGGAUAAUAUAUUACAUGAUUUCUUAUAUGAUUUUCUGAGAUUAAAAUUAAAUAUAAUAUUCUCUGAAAUUAUAAAUUAAAUAAUAAAUAAAUAAAGCAUUUGCAAUAUGA